CCUAACCACCGUUCGUAAUCGUUGUCCUCCUCCUCCUCCUACUCCUCCUCCUACGUGCAUCUUGAUCUAAGUUUCUUGUUUUGCUCAUGGUAGAUUAUGUGCGCAACACGAAUCCAAGACUCUUCACGUCGUGAUCUACAAUUAUCUGACGUGAUCUACAAUUAUCUGCGUGUUUAUUAUAACCGUUUUUGUUUGUGAAUAAGAAGGUGACCGAACGAUCGAUAUGUCUAAUUUGUAUGGAGAUUACAACCAAAAGAUCGAUUAUGUUUUCAAAGUCGUGUUGAUCGGUGAUUCCGCCGUUGGAAAAACUCAGCUGCUUGCUCGGUUCGCUAGGAACGAAUUUAGUGUUGAUUCUAAAGCAACCAUCGGUGUUGAGUUCCAAACUAAAACGCUUGUUAUCGAUAACAAAACGGUCAAAGCUCAGAUUUGGGAUACGGCUGGUCAAGAAAGAUACCGGGCGGUGACAAGCGCAUACUACCGUGGAGCUGUUGGGGCAAUGCUGGUCUACGACAUGACCAAACGUCAAUCAUUUGAUCACAUGGCUAAAUGGCUUGAAGAAUUAAGAGGACAUGCGGACAAAAACAUAGUGAUCAUGCUAAUAGGAAAUAAAUGUGACCUCGGAAGCCUAAGAGCGGUCCCAACAGAAGACGCACAAGAGUUUGCAGAAAGAGAAAACUUGUUCUUCAUGGAAACAUCUGCUCUCGAAGCUACCAAUGUUGAAACUGCGUUUUUGACUAUCUUAACAGAGAUUUAUCGUAUAAUCAGCAAGAAAUCAUUAACGGCUGAUGAUGAUGCUGAUGGGAAUUCAAACUUGUUAAAAGGGACUAGGAUUAUUAUUCCGAGUGAGCAGGAGAGUGGCAAAAGAGGUGGAUGUUGCGGCAAAACGUAACUCUACUAGCGAUUUUUUUCUUUGUUUUUUUGUUCCUCCGUAUAAAUUUUAUUAGGACAUUCGUUAUUUAAACGAAACAAUA